AUGCAGUGGGAUGGCAGCGUCCAUGAGACGUGGUGGGAUGGCACGUCCACGAGAAGCGCCAGGGUUGCUGCUCUUCGGUCGGGUGAUGCCCGCGUUAAGCUGUGGUGGCCCCAGGUGUACCUGUCAUUGCGUGGUGUGGACACGAAGGACCCACCGAGGGCUCGGGGUGAAAGGUUUACUGGGUUAAAAUUUUCCCUGUUGUUAUUGUGUUGCAGCAAAAUCACCGAGAAGGCGAAGAAAUCCUUGGCCUCUCUCAAGAGGGAGAACCCUGGGCUGGAGCCGACGCUUGCCAUCAUUCAGGCACACAAUGAUCACUUCAUUCAAGAAAUAAACAAGAACUUUGCCAAAGAGGUUGGUCUGCGUGUUACUCACAUCUGUCUCCCUGAAGGCUGCAGCAAGGAUGAGAUUGUCAAUGAAAUCUUGAGACUUAAUGAGGAUCCUAAUGUGCAGGGCCUUGCCCUUGACCUCCCAGAAAGCUUGAUUAGCAGUAAGGUAUUAAACGCUGUGAAACCAGAGAAGGAUGUGGAUGGGUUGUCCGAUGUAAACCUAGGGCGCUUGGUGCGCGGUGAUGCCUACGACUGUCUAAUUCCCCCCACGGUGUGUGCUGUGAUGGAGCUUCUUGAAGAUUUAGGUGAGACCUCCUAUCGUGGCAAGACGGUGCUGCUGGUGGGCGCCGACGGGGCGGUGGGGGCUGCCCUGCAGUGCCUGCUGCAGAGGGAGGGAGCGGCGACCGGGAGCUGCCGGUGGAAAGCCCCUCAGCUGCGGACCAAGCUUCAACACGCGGACGUGGUGAUAGUUGGCAGUACGAAACCAGAUGAUGUCCCUGGGAGCUGGAUAAAGCCUGGAACCACCAUUAUCAGUUUUUCUCGAGACUUACUGUCAGAGAAACACAACUAUGGUCAGCAAAACAACCAUGCUGCUGAAAACACUGUUGGUUCUCUUGCAAUAGCAAUGCGAAUGCAGAACAUGGUAAAAAACACAGAGCGAUGGAUCCAGUCCCAGCGGUACAGGAAGUGGGACCUCCGCUGCUUGAAACUGCGGCCGCUCUUCCCAGUGCCCAGUGAUAUUGAGAUUUCCCGAGCACAGAGUCCAAAAGCUGUUGAUGUACUUGCCAAGGAGAUAGGAUUGCUUACAGAUGAAAUUGAGAUCUAUGGCCAAACCAAAGCCAAAGUACGUUUGUCCCUGCUGGAAAGGUUAAAGGAUCAACCAGAUGGAAAAUAUGUUCUAGUGGCUGGAAUAACCCCUACACCCCUAGGAGAGGGGAAAAGCACAGUCACAAUUGGUCUCGUUCAGGCGCUUACUGCACACCUUAACAUUAAUUCCUUUGCUUGUCUGAGACAACCUUCCCAAGGACCUACUUUUGGAGUUAAAGGUGGAGCAGCCGGUGGUGGAUACGCUCAAGUGAUUCCCAUGGAGGAGUUCAAUCUUCAUUUGACUGGAGACAUUCAUGCCAUAACUGCAGCAAAUAAUUUGCUGGCUGCUGCUAUUGAUGCACGGAUCUUGCAUGAGAACACUCAAUCUGAUAAGGCUUUGUAUAAUAGACUGGUUCCAGUAGUUAAUGGUGUGAGAGAAUUUUCUGCUAUUCAGCUUGCCCGUCUGAGAAGACUGGGAAUAAACAAGACUGAUCCUGGGACUUUAACAGAAGAGGAGAUCAACAAAUUUGCACGCCUUGAUAUUGACCCAUCUACCAUAACAUGGCAAAGAGUGGUGGAUACAAAUGACAGAUUCCUGCGCAAAAUAACAGUUGGGCAGGCAAAUACAGAGAAGGGAUUUGUCCGUCAGGCUCAGUUUGAUAUCGCUGUUGCAAGUGAAAUUAUGGCCAUCCUGGCCCUUACCACCAGCCUGCAAGAUAUGAAGGAGAGGCUGGGAAAAAUGGUGGUGGCUAAUGACAAGAAAGGAGAACCGGUAACAGCAGAGGAUUUGGGAGUAACAGGUGCUUUGGCAGUUUUGAUGAAAGACGCAAUUAAGCCCACGCUGAUGCAGACAUUGGAGGGAACACCGGUGUUUGUUCACGCUGGACCUUUUGCUAACAUUGCACAUGGAAACUCUUCUGUUUUGGCAGAUAAAAUUGCCCUUAAAUUAGUUGGAGAGAAAGGAUUUGUAGUAACUGAAGCUGGCUUUGGUGCUGACAUUGGGAUGGAGAAAUUCUUCAACAUCAAAUGCAGAGCCUCUGGCUUGGUUCCCAGUGUGGUUGUACUUGUUGCUACAGUGAGGGCUUUGAAGAUGCAUGGAGGUGGGCCAAAUGUAACUGCCGGUGCCCCCUUGAAGAAAGAAUACACGGAAGAGAACCUCCAGCUGGUAGCUGAUGGCUGCUGUAAUCUACAGAAACAGAUUCAAAUUACUCAACUCUUUGGAGUUCCUGUUGUGGUUGCUCUAAAUGUCUUCAAAACUGACUCUCCUGCUGAGGUUGAUCUGGUGUGUGAGAUUGCAAAGCAAUCUGGAGCAUUUGAUGCUGUACCCUGCAAUCACUGGUCAGCUGGUGGUAGAGGAGCAGUAAAAUUAGCUCAAGCUGUGGAAAAGGCAGCCAAUCAGAAAAACAGUUUCAAAUAUCUCUACAACUUGGAGCUUCCUAUUGUUGAAAAAAUCAGGAUCAUUGCUCAGAAGGUGUAUGGAGCUCAGGAUAUAGAGUUGUCUCCUGCUGCGCAGUCACAAGUUGAUCGUUACACCCGGCAGGGAUUUGGCAAUCUUCCCAUUUGUAUGGCAAAAACUCACCUAUCCCUCUCCCAUCAGCCUGAGAGGAAGGGCGUUCCCACUGGUUUCAUUUUGCCAAUUAGUGAUGUGCGAGCCAGUAUUGGAGCUGGAUUCAUCUACCCUUUGGUAGGAACGAUGAGCACCAUGCCAGGGCUGCCCACGAGGCCAUGCUUCUAUGACAUUGACCUUGACCCCGUCACAGAGCAAGUGAAAGGAUUGUUUUGAGAGUGACGUCCAAAUUCAGAGGCCUGGAAAUUAAGAACUGCAACUUUCCUGUUUCCUGCAAGUAGGAGACAAAAAUGAAUCUGAAAUAUUCCUGUUAUGUGUCUCUAGAGGAAUGUCAAGAUAGACCAAAGAGCAAAAGUUUACGCUUUCUUCAAACUAGUUUUUAUGAUGAAAUAUAGCUGUAAGGUUAAAAAAAAAAA